GUGUGAGUUGGCGACUGCUUUAUAUAAAUAUUACUUACCUCUUCAUAAGCUUCCCCUGCUUUAUAUGCCCAAUCCGCAGACAUUUAUCGUCUCCGUGACUACUGAAACAACGAGUUUUCUGAUUACGAGGUUGAAUAAUAUCAUCAAAUUCACCGGCGGGAAAGAUCAACUGCAGAUUUUCGAUUUAAUUUCUGAUCGACGACGGACGACGAUGGGGAGAAGUAAAGAGAUUGAAGGAGAUGACUCGUCGGAUGAAGUGGAGGAAUUCAAAAUUGAGGAAAUAAAGGAUCGAAUCCAGUCGUCCCAAGGGAGUCGAUUCACUCUGCUUGAGACUAGAUUCAAUGGAAAGAAACUGAGUCGAGAAAACCUCAUUAGAGGUAUCAAAGGCUUCGUCAUCCUUCCCGAUAACAGGUGGUAUCAGGCGUGGAAGCAUUUGAUAUUGAUAUGGGCUAUCUAUUCUUCUUUCUUCACCCCUUUCGAGUUUGGAUUCUUCAGAGGCUUGCCCAAUAAUUUAUUCAUACUCGACAUAGCUGGACAAGCAGCAUUCCUUGUGGACAUCAUUGUACAUUUCUUCGUCGCUUUCAGAGAUGAACAGACUUAUCGAAUGGUCUACAAUCGUAAUCGUAUCGCUCUCAGGUACUUGAAAUCGGGUUUCUUGGUAGAUUUUAUUGGUUGUCUACCUUGGGAUGCAAUUUACAAGGUAAUGUUCUUUUUUCAUAAUUAUUUUUGCUAUUCUGGACAUGCUUUUGAUCACCUGAACCAGAUUAUUCACUUUUGUACACAAUUAUAAGAUUUUUUCUUGGAUAAGGUUGGUUCUUUAAUGGGUUCUAUUUUUCCUUAGAGGAUUGUUACUCCAAAGUACAUAGAUAUGCUGAGGUGGUUCUAUUGUGGAAAUGAAAAUAGAAGGAGGUGUCAAUUUACAAAAAAUUGCCCC